UAAAUAUAAUUAUUUAGAAAUUGAAACCUUCCAUAUCUCUUUACAACAUUUCUCUAUUUUCCUUUAAACUUUUUUUUUAAUGAUGUCUUAAUUGAAGGAGAAAAAGCAAGAUUGAAAGUUUUAUAAGAGCAAAAUUAUAUUAUCUGAACGAGGGAAGGCAAAUAAAAGAGAAGAAAGAGGAUGAAAUUAACCUCCUCUGUUCUUGUAUUUAUUGUGCCUCCUCUCAGAUCUUAGUUUCUUCUAACAUUUGCUACUUGCGUCUCUUUUCAUUGAGAAAGAUGUCUGAAAAUGGUAAACUAUUUAUCGGUGGGAUAUCUUGGGACACCAAUGAACAGCGUCUCAAAGAGUAUUUCGAUAGUUAUGGUGAAGUGGUAGAGGCAGUGAUCAUGAAGGAUCGGACCACAGGGCGUGCUCGUGGUUUUGGUUUCGUUGUUUUCGCCGACCCAGCUGUUUCUGAUAGAGUCAUCAAGGAGAAACACAACAUUGAUGGCAGGAUGGUUGAGGCAAAGAAGGCAGUUCCUAGGGAUGAGCAAAACAUUAUGAGUAGAAGCACUAGCAGCAUCCAUGGUUCUCUAGGUCCAGGCCGGGCAAGAAAGAUUUUUGUUGGAGGUUUAGCAUCAACUGUCACAGAGAGUGACUUUAAAAAGUAUUUUGAUCAGUUUGGAAAUAUAACAGAUGUAGUGGUGAUGUAUGAUCAUAACACCCAAAGGCCUAGGGGUUUUGGAUUCAUUUCUUAUGAUUCAGAAGAAGCAGUGGACCAAGUGUUGCUAAAAAAAUUCCAUGAACUGAACGGUAAAAUGGUUGAGGUCAAAAGAGCAGUUCCCAAAGAAUUAUCACCUGUUUCUAGUCGUAGUUCCCUUGGUGGAUUUAACUAUGGUAUGAAUAGUGUCAACAGCUUUCUUAAUGGCUAUGCUCAAGGAUUUACUCCAAGCAAUGUUGGAGGUUAUGGACUUGGGAUGGAUGGUAGAUUCAGUCCAAUUGCUAGUGGUCGAAGCGGGUUUCCUCCUUUUGGUUCUGGUUAUGGAAUGGGCAUGAACUUUGAGCCAGGGUUGAACCCAAAUUUUGGAAAUAGUGCAAAUUUUAGUAGUAAUAUGAGCUAUGGACGAGGAUUAAGUCCUUACUAUAUUGGAAAUACAAGUAGAUUCGCUAGUCCUAUUGGGUAUGAUGGAAGAAGUGGAGGUAACACUUCCUUUUUCAGCUCAAUGACCCGUAAUCUUUUAGGAAAUGGGGGGAUCAAUUAUAACACAAAUGUUGUUAGUUCAAGUGCAUGUAUGGGAUCUGGAAGCGGGAGUAUAGGAGGAAGUGUCUUUGGGAACAGGAUUAAUUGGGGUUCUUCUGGAAGUCCCAGUCAUGGUGGAGGGAUUGAUGUUUCUAGCAAUAGUCUGAAUUUCGGCUACGGAAGUGGUUAUAAUAGAUUUGGACUGGAAACAGCAGGGUAUGGAAGAAAUAGUGGGACCAAUCUAGUGGCGACAUCAUCAUAUGCAGCAUCAAAUGGUGGCUAUGAUGGAGCCUUUGUGGACCUGUAUAGUGGAGCUUCAGUUUAUGGGGAUACUGCUUGGAGAUCAUCAAUGUUUGAGCGAGAUGGUUUUCAUUCCUUUGGGUAUGGACUUGGUAGUGCCACUUCUGAUGUUUUGGGCAAAAGUUCUCCUACUUAUGUCGGGGGUUAUAGCGUUAGUAAGAGACAAGAAAAUAGAGGUAAGACUUGUCACUUAGCAUCCUAUGUUCAUUCUUUAAACGAUUUUAGAUUGAAGAAUUUGCCAUAAUUUUUUCGAAGAAUUAUCAAUGAUGUUCAUAAGAAUUUAGUGGCACAAUCUUUUUGAGUGUUGUAGAAGCAUAAUAGAAAGAACCUUGAAAACUUUAAUAUGGGGGCUCUGUUAAAUAUCUUUAUUGGGCCUAAGUCUUAAAUGUAGCUAAACAUUCUUCUUAGUAAUAUCAUCUUCCAUGUUUUAAUGCUGUA